CUCUCCAUGCAUCGACGAGGGACGUCGGAUAUAUUGUCUCCUACCUAUCCCGUUCAUUCCCAUUUCUGGCCAUCGUCACUGCCAUCGUCCUUCUGGAGCUAUCCCUUCCCUUCAUUUUGGGGUCAGUUUCACCCCCACGAGCGGAACCGUUUUUCCUAUCGAUCUCGCAGCAAAUAUUCAACUUCACAUCCCCCUCACCCCCGUCUCCUUCGUCGCCGAUGGGUUCCCCGAGCAGGAUGCUUCCGUCGCCACGCAUUUGACGUCAUCUGGUUCUCCCUGGGUGGUCUCACGGCCUCUAUCAUCUACUUUUCCAAGCGAUACGUAGCCGCACUGGACGAAGAACGUGCAUCAGGGAUCAAUAAUUUACAGCGACCCUCAAAAUUCGAUCACGCGUGCAUGCAAUUAUCGUGGCGGCACUUCAAGAAGCACCGAGUAGUAGACAAAGAAAUGCUGGAGCAGGACUUUUUCGACGAACGGAAAAGGCUGAACGAGUUUGGAGAAUAUCGGUUACAGAAGAUUGACCCAACUACGAGACCUUCUAGGAGUAGAUGCUGGUCAUAAUUACUCCUGUCACCAUGCUAUCGCUUCCCACUUAAUUUAGCUAGGAUCCCUGUUCGCCGAAUACUCAUCGAAAGGAACGUUGGAAUUUGUCUCGCUACAUUCCAACACUCUAGUACUAUUCUCGGAACUAAAAUAAAAGUCGUGCACUAACCGUUGCACGAGUUUGCCACCCUGCAAUCAAGACGCUAAGUACUUCGUCUAUUAGAAAACAAGUGCCCGGCAGAAGAGUGCAAUUUAAUUACGCUGGUGGUACCGAACGACCGCCGCGUUCACGUCACAACUGUGCAAAGCCGACUCUGGAAUGGUCGAAAUCGAAGGCUGUGCGAAGAGAUGCAUCAACCAGAUGAACGA